AUGGCCACAGCUGCCCCGGAAGCCACAGCUCAGGGUGGAAGGAAAGAAGUCCAGUGUGACAUCACAGAAGAUGAGGAGAAUGAGGAGAAUGAGGGAGUGUUUGAGGGAGUAUCAAGUAACUGGUACCUUCUCCCCUCCACAAGUCCCCAUAUUCUGAACACAGGCUGGUGUCUCUCCAGGUACACGGCAGACCUUCUGGAGGUACUGAAAACCAAUUACAGCAUCCCCUCUGCCUGCUUCUCGCAUCCUCUCACUGCAGCCCAACUUCUGAGAGCAUUGAGCCCUGUGGAAAUUGCCCUCAUGGUCAUAAUGACCUUGCUUGUCUUGGGCUCAAUCGCCAUCUUCCUGGAAGAUGCUGUCUACCUGUACAAGAACACCAGUUGCCCCAUCAAGAGGAAGACUCUGCUCUGGAGCAGCUCUGCACCCACGGUGGUGUCUGUGUUCUGCUGCUUUGGUCUCUGGAUCCCUCGUUCCCUCGUGUUCGUGGAAAUGGCCAUAACCUCGUUUUACUCAGUGUGUUUUUACCUGCUGAUACUAGUCAUGGUGGAAGGCUUUGGUGGGAAGGAGGCAGUAGUGAGGACACUGAAGGAUACCCCAAUGAUGACCCACACAGGCCCUUGCUGCUGCUGCUGCCCCUGCUGCCCCAAACUCAUGCUGACCAGGAAGAAGCUUCAGCUGCUGAUGUUGGGCCCAUUCCAGUAUGCCUUCUUCAAAAUAACACUGAACUUGGUGGGCCUGUUUCUCAUCCCUGAUGGCAUCUAUGACCCAGCAGAUAUUUCUGAAGAGAGCACAGCUCUAUGGAUCAAUACUUUCCUUGGUGUGUCCACCCUGUUGGCUCUCUGGACCCUGGGCAUCCUUUUCCGUCAAGCCAAGCUGCACCUGGGCGAGCAGAACAUAGGAGCCAAAUUUGCUCUGUUCCAGGUACUCCUCAUCCUGACUGCCCUGCAGCCAUCCAUCUUCUCAAUCUUGGCCAAUGGUGGGCAGAUUGCUUGUUCACCUCCCUUUUCCUCUAAAAUCCGGUCUCAAGUGAUGAAUUGCCACCUCCUCAUACUGGAGACUUUUCUGAUAACUGUGCUGACACGAAUGUACUACAGAAGGAAAGACAACAAGGUUGGAUAUGAACCUUUUUCUUCUCCAGACCUGGAUCUGAACCUCAAAGCCUGAGGUGGAUGGCUUGGACAGUGAGAGAGACACUGUAUUCAUGAGACAGGCAUAAAAUUUCUUCCCUGUCCCCCAAGCUUGACCAAAUGAGGAAGGAUUCUAUUGUCUGCACAAGCUGGCCAGUUAUAUCUGACUAUAGAGAUGAAGGUGAAUUGUGCAGCAGGAUGAAAUUGUUUGGGAUCUUGCCUGCUGAAGGUAUUUUAAGUCUUAUAAUACACAAACAAGAUGGAGUUUGAAA